ACUUUCCAAGUUAGUUUCAUUGCAAGAAUUGCUUUAGCCUCCCACCUUAUAAAUUUAGGAGUACCGACUAGCCUCAAUUUCAGCUUAGAAUAAGACAACAACUAGUUGCACAUUUCUUUCCAAGAAAAAGAAAGCUCUCUCUGUGCAGAGAGAAAGAGAAGAGGAGAAAGAAUGGAAAUGGAGGGCAGGAGUCACAGUAACAAGGGAGAGAGCAAGAGUAGUGUGGUUGUCAGUGAUCAAGAAACUACAAUCGAUUGGAGAGGGAGACCCUCCAAUCCUAGCAAGCACGGUGGAAUGAGAGCUGCAACAUUUGUUCUUGGGCUUCAAGCAUUUGAGAUAAUGGCAAUAGCAGCAGUAGGGAAUAAUCUGAUAACAUAUGUGAUGAAUGAGAUGCACUUCUCUUUGUCAAGGUCUGCAAACAUAGUGACAAACUUUGUUGGAACUGUCUUUAUAUUGGCCCUCCUUGGUGGCUACCUCUCAGACUCCUAUCUUGGGUGUUUCUGGACCCUGCUUAUCUUUGGUUUUGUGGAACUUUCUGGUUUCAUAUUGUUAUCAGUCCAAGCUCAUCUUCCCCAGCUAAAGCCACCCCAGUGCAACAUUAAUGAAGAACAGUGUGUUGAAGCAAAUGGCUUAAAGGCAUUAAUUUUUUUUGUAGCACUAUACUUGGUGGCACUAGGGAGUGGAUGUGUUAAACCCAAUAUGAUUGCUCAUGGAGCUGACCAAUUUAACCAAAAUAACCCAAAGCAAUCCAAGAAGCUUUCCACCUACUUCAAUGUUGCCUAUUUUGCUUUUUCAAUAGGUGAACUUAUUGCCCUUACUGUUCUUGUGUGGGUCCAAACACAUUCUGGCAUGGAUGUUGGGUUUGGAGUCUCUGCAGCUGCUAUGGCUAUGGGACUCAUCAGCUUGGUUUCUGGUACUUUAUAUUACAGGAAUAAACCCCCUCAAGGAAGCAUCUUCACCCCCAUUGCUCAAGUUUUUGUGGCUGCUAUAUCAAAGAGAAAACAAAUUUGUCCUUCUAAUCCAGACAUGUUAUAUGGAAGCCAAAACAAUAAUGUGCCAAACAAUAGCAUAGUUGGCAUAUCUUCUGACUCUGGCAAGCUUGUUCACACUCAAAGACUUAGGUUCUUGGAUAAGGCAUGCAUCAAAAUUCAAGAUGAGACUAAUACAAAGGAGAGUCCAUGGAGAUUAUGCACUGUAACUCAAGUGGAGCAAGUGAAGAUACUAAUAUCAGUGAUUCCAAUUUUUGCUUGCACUAUAGUUUUCAACACUAUUUUAGCACAGCUCCAAACAUUUUCAGUUCAGCAAGGGAGUUCCAUGGACACCCAUCUUACAGAAUCCUUCAAGAUCCCUCCAGCUUCACUUCAAUCCAUCCCUUACAUUAUCCUUAUAGUUGUAGUCCCUCUAUAUGACACCUUUUUUGUCCCAUUCGCAAGGAAAUUCACUGGUCAUGAAUCAGGAAUAACCCCUUUACAAAGGAUAGGAGCUGGGCUCUUUUUUGCCACUUUUUCCAUGGUUGCUGCUGCUAUUAUGGAGAAGAAGAGAAGGGAUGCAGCAGUAGACUCUGACAAAAUACUGUCAAUCUUUUGGAUCACCCCACAAUUCUUAAUCUUUGGAUUAUCAGAAAUGCUCACUGCAGUUGGUCUCAUUGAGUUCUUUUACAAGCAAUCUUUAAAAGGGAUGCAAACAUUUCUAACUGCAAUCACCUAUUGCUCAUAUUCAUUUGGGUUCUAUUUAAGCUCCUUAUUGGUCUCUUUAGUAAACAAGAUCACUUCAUCAGGUCCUUCAAACAAAGGUUGGCUGAGCGAGAACAAUCUCAACAAAGACAGGCUUGAUCUUUUCUAUUGGUUGCUUGCAGUCCUUAGCUUUCUCAACUUCCUCAGCUAUCUCCUUUGUGCUAGAUGGUAUUCUCAUAAUCCGUCUCUAUCAAGCACACAAUAUGAGGCACAUGGGGAAGACUGCUUCAACCACUAUAGCUUAAAUCCUUCAAAAAACAGUGGAGAUGAAAGUAUACCUUAAAAAGAAAGAGAGAGACAGGAAAUUAAUGCUAGCUUGAAAUUAUCUAUAGGCUUGUAUUAUAAGUAAAAGAAUUAUGAAAAAUGCUAAUAUAGUUUAUCUAUCUAUUCUUUAUUA